UUACACAUGUUAUUCCCCAACAAAAUGCAGUCGAGCCCGAGCCUGAGCCCAUCUUCCGGCAAGCAAGCGGCGUUCUCGGACGAAUGCUGGUCCGAGGACGCCUCCGCCUCCGACACCGAAAACUUCGUCAAAACCCUAAACCAAAUCCGAGGGAAGGGCGUCCGGCCCGACCUCAUCGCCUCAAUCAUCACACACUACGCCUCCAAAUGCCUCCCCGCCCUAGCCGACGACGACGACACUCAACCCGUCGCGGCGGCGUCGCGGCGGAAGAAGAGGCGGUUCAUCGAGACUCUGGUCGGAAUCCUGCCACAGGAGAAGGACGCCGUCCCCUGCGGCUUCCUGCUGAGGGCAAUGCGCGUCGCGGGCGAGGCCGGGGCAGAGGCCGGCUGCCGCGAGGAGAUCGAGAGGCGCGCAGCGCGGCAGCUCGACCAGGCUCCGCUGAAGGAGCUGGCGGCGCUGGGCAUCGAGGCGGUGGUGCGGCUGGUGAGGAGGUUCUUGAGCGAGGAGGAAGUUUCUAGAAGCGGGGCGGCGCUUUGCAAAGUGGCUAGGCUCGUCCAUAGCUACCUCGCCGAGGCGGCGAGUGAUCGGAAUCUCACGCUGCCGCAGUUUGUUGCUCUUGCUACCGCCGUCCCGUGCCAUGCACGCGCCACUGAUGAUGGGAUUUAUCGCGCCAUCGAUAUUUACAUCAAAGCACAUCCAGGAUUGUCAAAGCAAGAGAGAAAGAAUCUAUGUAUGUUAAUGGAGAGCAGAAAGCUAUCGACAGAGGCAUGCCUCCACGCGGCGCAAAACGAGAGGCUCCCGGUCCGGGCCGUCAUCCGGGUGCUCCUGUCCGAGCAGGACAAGCUGAGCAAGCACAUGGACUGGAGCGGGUCCCUUCGCAGCCCGGGAGUGGGGUUAGCCGCUCCAGCCCGGUGCCUCUCGAAGCGCGAGGUGAGGCAGCAGAUAGAGAUCAGGAGGCUCAAGGAGGAUGUGGCCAUUCUGCAGGGGCAGUGCCUGAUCAUGGAGAGGCAGAUUGAGAAGUUGUUGGAGAAAAAGAAGGGAUAUUUCAGCUGGAAGAGGCUCGGCGGCACCGUGUUCAAGGCGAGUAAGAUUGGCGAAACUGUGGCCGGAGCGAGUUCCCCAUUUUACAGUGGCGGAUCCAGAACAUAAUCUUUUCUUGGGGGACGGAUCCACUGGGUGAAAAUGAUUUGCAGCCUGAAGUGAACGACACGAUAGGAGAGAAGGAAAAAAUCAUUUUUCUCUUUCUUUUUUUACUUUAACUAGGGGUAAAAUUGUUAUUUUUCGAUACAGGUUAAAAAACUUAAACCAAUCUCGUUUGACAUUUUACUCUACUUUUUCCUUUUGGGGUUAUGCCGUUUCCAGCUGACCCUAUAUGGAAAAACUAGGCCCUCUUAACGGGCCGGGAAGCGAAUGAUCCUCCUAACCGCUAACGUUGUCGAUGCCCUUGCAGGUGAUGAACGGAGGGACGACUUCUAAGUUUAGAUAGUUCAUUUAUGUUUGCACGCUCGACUUACUUUUUAUAUUGACAGUAGAUAGGUCACGUUUCUCUAUUUUGGAUUGCCAAUAAAAUUAAUUAAACACUUUUUUUACA